CGUCAGGAUGACGUCAGGUAAAGCCGCAUUUUGACAGUGUAAUCAGAAUUUUAUCUUAAUUUCCCUUUGCCGGCAAAAGGAAAUUAAUUUGACGUUUGAGGUUAGAUGUGUUCCUAAGCAUAAAACUUCAAACUAGUAAACUGGCAUUUAGGCCGAAAAUUCAUUAUUUUGAUUGUAAAUAUUAUUAAAAGCGUUCUAUACACCUAGCCUUUGGUCAAUAUCUUGGAACACAUCACAAAUUCUACAAAGAUUUCCGAAACUGGCGUAAAAUGUCUGAAGAAGACGAUUAUGGAGCUGCCGAGGAUAACAUAAAUUACAAAUCAAUAACCUGUGAAAACAUCCCAGAUAUAUUCCUCGACAAACUUGUUGCCAAGAAGCACUUCGGGCGGUUCGGGAAGAUCAAGCGCUUUAUCCUGCGCCCCAAGCGAUUCUCCUGCACCGUCGAGUAUGAAUCCGCAAAUGAUGCAGAGGAUGCGAUUUCCAAUGCCGGUGAAUACUACGGGAAACAAUUCAUUGUUAAAUACACGCCAAAUGAGGUAGUCCAUGCGAGGAACACCGAGGAGUGGGUGGAUCCCGACGUCCAGGCCGAAUUGGACGCUAUGCGCCCUCAAAUGCGCUUGGGUCCACCUUCAAAUGUGAAGCCAGCUGGGGCAGCUAAACUUCCCAAGCCUAUUUUGAAAGCCAAAGCCCUUGGUAGUGAAAACCUUGUUAAAAUGGUAGACAGUGGAGUGAAGAACGAAUUGGAGGCGAUCUUGAGGCGCCAAGCUUCUGAUAAUGAGGACAAAUUGAGGAUUCUAGACGCCCGUGAUAAACUUAUUCGGCUGACUACCGUUCGAACUACGGAUAUCAAGCGAGCGGAGAGUAUCAAAGGCUUCUGUCCGGAUAUGUGUCCAGAGAAGGAGCGUUUGCUUCGUGAAAACCGCAACCAAAUUGCUACUUUCGAGCAGGAUGAGACUAACAGAAGCCGCAUGGACCACAAGCUCGCCAUCAAAGAGUACUCCCGGAGUAGUGCUGACCAGGAGACGCCACUCCCUCACGAGCUGCGUCCCGAGUCCGUGUUGAAACUGACCAUGACAUAUUUAAUGCACAAAGUAAUGGAUCUUUGUGAUUCGGACGACGUUAAUGUAGCAGAUUGGUACCACUUCAUCUGGGAUCGAACUCGGAGCAUUCGCAAGGACAUCACCCAGCAGGAAUUAUGCAGCCCUACGACCGUCACUUUGGUGGAGCAGUGCGCCAGGUUCCAUAUCCACUGCGCCGCUCGUUUGGUCGCAGAAGAAUCCUCCGUUUUCGACCAAAAGAUCAACACAGAGAACCUGACAAAGUGCCUGCAAACUUUGAAGUACAUGUACCAUGACCUGAGGCUGCAGAACAAAAAAUGCCCAAACGAAGCCGAGUUCCGAACGUACGUGAUUCUGCUCAACUUGAACGAUUCGAACUUCCUUUGGGAGGUGAAGCAACUCCCGGAGGAAAUACAGAAUUCAAAGCCUGUUCGAUUCGCACUAGCUACGUAUUUGGCGAUGGAGAGCAACAACUACGUCCGAUUCUUCAAGUUGGUGCGUGAGGCGACGUACAUGAACGCCUGCAUCCUUUUGCGUUACUUUACCCAAGUUCGCAUCCAGGCCAUUCGCGCGAUUAUGAUCGCAUAUAAAUGGCCGAUGCAUGUUGUUGCUAUCCCAGUCACCUAUUUCCGUGAUAUUCUAGCGUUCGAGUCCACUGAGGCCGCUCGAAUGUUCUUCGAAUAUCACGGCCUGGACUGUGAAGGCGACAAAGUCAAUCUCGACAAGAAAGCCUUCUACAUGCCGGAGAUGCCCUUCCUAAUGGAUCGAGCCCUGAUCGUAGUCGAGAGCAAGAGGAAGUGUACGGCGGGCGAAGCGAUAUGCGGCCAACCGUUGGAUUCAUUUGAGGUUUUGGAAAAAUACGCGCCGCACAACAGCUUUGACCAUAAUGGAUACCUGAAAGCAGAAGCAUGGAACGCCGAAGAUCAGCUACGAGGCGCAGAUGUGAAGAAAAAGCCAGUCAAAGAUUCAGAGGGUCUCUUCAAGAUACCUUCGGCCAGUCCGCCUAUUUCUCCUAGGUUCAAGUCCCCCUCUCCUGGCUUGAAGCAAUCUUCGGAUCCUUCGAAAAUGCAAGUAUUCCAGCCCAUUACUAAGCCACCAAUUCAACCGCAGCAACCCACAUCAACGCCGGGAAGCAUCUUCGGGGCAUUUGCCGGGAACGAGGCUCAAAUUACUAAGCCCAGCACUUUCUCUUUGCCUGCAUUGGAAAAACCUGCCCAAGAACUACCGCAGAAGCCAACAACAAAGUCAAUUUUUGGAGGGGCAGCUACACAGUUGACAGGCUCCACGACACAGGGAUCGUCAACCUCAGUAUUCGGCGCUUUCAAAACUGCUGCUUUCACAAAAUCGGAAAGUUCGCAGUCAAUGCCAUUAUUUGGAAAUGCACAAACCCAACCUCCUCUGGCAACCAGCGAUACCAUUUUCAAACAUUUCCAGAUGACAGCGCCGAAUCUAAGUAUUUUCGAGAAAGGGGCGGAACCAACUAAACAGAAAACUGACGCCGAAACGGAGCAGAAACGACGGGAAGCUGCUGAUGAAGAGCUUCGCAAGAAGAGAGCUGAAGAAGAGCGUGAAAAACAGCGAAAACAGGAGGAAUUGCGACGAAUCGAAGAGGAGCGACGGCGAGAAGAUGAGAAAAGGAAGCGUCAGCAAAAGUUGAAGGAGAUCGCGGAAAACAGUAACACGAUUCUAUCAGAGAUUUUGGAAAAUGAGAUCCUGGCCAGCAUCAAAGAAAUUGCUAAUUCUGAACUGAAAAAACACCAGAAUUUGCUCCGCAACUCUGAACGAAUUUCAUCCGAAAUUAUGGAGGAAUGUAUUCGCGAACUCGUGGAAGAUCUUGCCAGCAAAGAACUUGAAAUUGUCGCCGCAAAUCGAAGUCUUUUGCGGAAAUAUUUCACCUUGUGGAACACAAAUGUCCGACGCGCUAUUGAACAUAGAAAGCUCAUGGAAUCUACCCCUAUUUGGAUCGCCGAGCAAACCGUAACCGAAGCUCUUCCGCAACAAUCACAGACUCUGGAAUUGAAGGAACGAUACCUCCUAGGUGUGCCGGGGCAAUUUCAUCUGAGGAGUCCCGACGAAAAGCCCAUCGAUGUUUUCCGCAUUUUCUUGAAGGAAUUCAGUUCCAAAAGGCCGCUCCUAAGCCCUGGACAUCUAGUAAAAUCUCGACGUUACUUCAAGUUUGUAAUUUCUUUGCCACGAGAGGACGACGAGCUCAGAGGAUUCAACUCGUAUAUGAAUAGUUGGCUAGAAAAAAGAAUUCGUCGUGCUGAUGCUGAUAAUUCAGAGGAGUUUCUGAGUGGAAACCAGCAGGGAAUCUCGAUCUGCAUUCGGAAAGUAGAAGGAAUUAUGCCUACAAAUGAAAAACGACAAAAGGUAUCAGAUGAAUGUGACAAUGCUCACGGUUUGAUUUUCGUAAUGUCUUCAACAAACCUGUUGAGUUCCCGUAAAAGACUGCACCACCUCCUCAAACUUUCAAAAAUACACGCAAAAAUUCCGGUCGCCGUAAUCAUUUACAACGCGACCGCUGACGAAGAGUAUAUCGAGGAAGAACUGCACAUUCAAAAACUCAUCGACGACGAAAAAGUUUCGUAUUACAGCCUAUUCCCGAGCACAGUGUUCAAAAACAAGAACAAUCUUCGGGAAGCGUUCGAGGAGACCUUCAAAUUCCUUGCGCACUAUACGGAACAAAAUUAUGGCCUCGAAAUGCAAAACUUGUGUUCAUUUCUACGUACAUCGCUCGGUGAUGAGUUCUGGAAACGACUACAAGAUACAUCGCGGAUAAAUCCAUCUUUCCGGAAAAUAUGCACUCAACCUGAUAAAAUCGCAUCUCUCUACAAUGAAGCCAUUGACUUGCUUAUCCAAAUGCUAGAAGAAGACUAUGAAGACCUUCCAGAAUUCCCUCGAGAACUGCGAAAGUUCGCACCGCGGCAACUUUUGGAUAUUCCAUUAGAUAUUGAGCACUUCCCAGUUGAUUGGAAGGACAAUACGCGCAAUUCUAAAAUACAGAACUUUCUAAAGGAAAUAAAACUUAAAUCAAUUCCUGAACUCGCCCAAGAUCUACCGAAUAUCGAGCGAUCAUUGCUGGACUACGCGUCAAAAUGCAUCGCUUCUGAAUCAUACGCGAAACGUGCAGGUUACACCGCCAUCAAACACCUUUUAGAAAGCAUCAACGGACUCGAAUUCCAACACUUGGAACUACCGGAUCGACUCAACGCAAUCUCAUGGUUGCCAAUGAUGCAAUCAGUCGCCCUCGAACUACUUACCUGCUCAUGGCAUUCGAAAAACUCAACACUUCCUAAAGAAAUCAUCUACAACAAGUUGGCUUUCCGGGAGUAUACAUCGGUCCCAUGGUGGUUUGACAAUGUCACACUAAAGUCGAUAAAAAUGGAGAAGAACAAUCUCAGCGAGACUGAAGAAGACGAAAAUUCGUGCAGCCCUCCGGCAGCUAAGAGGUCGAAAACCGAUACAGCGUCUUUCGAUAUUGACGCCCUUCUGGAGAAAAGUACGGCGCUCCUGGAGAAAGCUGAUCGGAAUAUAGCGAAGUAUAAGACAAUUACUACGAAAAGUCGCGAGAUCUCGAGAACGCUCGAUGAGAAGUUCUACAAACAAGAAUUGUUCAACAGGAAGCUGAAGCGAUACCUUCAAAGUCACUUUUGAAUGAAUUGGCGACAUUCGAUUACUCGAUUUUAGGCAAAGUAUUUUAAUCUAUUUCCGCUAUCUUCAGGAUAAGCAUUUCAAUUUUAAGAUAUUUUUUAUAUUAAUGUAAUUCGACUAUUUAUACUGAGUUGGUAUGAAAAGUUUUCAUAAAUUUCCUGUUUUGUUAAUAAAGUUGUUGAUGUGAA